GACCAGGACCGUGGAGCUAGCCCCCCAUCCCCACAAUUAUUGAAGUUUCUCCCAGUCUUUCCCCUCACCUUCAAUGAAGGUUCUCAAGUCACCAGCCAAAUUUUUUUCCACAUUUACUCGUGUUUUUCUGUUGACGCACCAACUUUGAUUCUUCUUCCCCUUUUCAGUAUAAAUAAGCACAAGUGUGAUAGUCAUAGACAUGUGCUUGGUCCCGUGGUCUUACAUUCAAACGUUUGGUCUUCAGUAGAGAGAGGGAAGAGAGAGAGAGGGGAUUUGCGAGGACCUGGUUUUGGGUUGGCAGGUGACUCACACAAACUGAAACUUGUACCGCUAUUCAAUCCAUGGGACUGUCUCUCUCCACACUGUCAUCUGCGUGGAAUCAAAUUCUAAAACACCAAUUUUUCUGGUUCUCAAAACCCAUUGAGGCGCUUAUGGUAAGAACAACGAGCUUGGAGGGAAAAGAUGGAGAGAAGGCCAUGAGAGCAGCUAGCUUCAAGUCAGAUGAACCAGAGAAGAAGAUUGUUGAAAGGUCACUAAGCUUCAAGAAGUGGGAAUCUGAAGAAGCAAAGGUUGAACCGUCUGUUUCUGUGUCAUCUAACAAGAUAAUCAUGCAGAAAGUGGAUUUGGAUUCAAUAUCUUUGAAGAGUAAAAUCAAUGGAUCACCAAUCCAUAAAUCAAAACCCACAAUUUCUCUCCCUGAACCCAUGAUCUUGUUUUCUCCAAGACCCAUUAGCCAGCUUGAUGCUGCUGCAACUAAGGUUCAGAAAGUCUACAAAAGCUAUAGAACUAGAAGGAACCUUGCAGAUUGUGCAGUUGUGGUUGAGGAGCUCUGGUGGAAGGCAUUAGAUUUUGCAACUCUAAAACGUAGCUCUGUAUCAUUCUUCAACAUUGGGAAACCAGAAACUGCUACAUCGCGAUGGACACGGGCAAAGACAAGGCUUGCCAAGGUUGGGAAGGGGUUAUCCAAGGAUGAGAAGGCUCAUAUGCUAGCCCUACAACAUUGGCUUGAAGCGAUUGAUCCACGCCAUAGGUAUGGACACAAUUUACAUUUCUACUAUGAUGCCUGGACUGCUAGCAAGAGCACCGAGCCCUUCUUCUUUUGGUUGGAUGUCGGUGAUGGUAAAGAACUAAAUCUACAGAAGUGCCCAAGAGCCGUAUUACAACGCCAAUGCAUUAAAUACCUUGGACCAAAAGAGAGGGAAGCGUAUGAAGUGAUAGUAGAGACUGGAAAGCUCGUGUACAAGCAAAGUGGAAUGUUUCUAAACACUGAGGAGGAUUCUAAGUGGAUCUUUGUGCUUAGCACAUCAAGGGCUUUGUAUGUUGGGCAGAAGAAGAAAGGUGUCUUUCAGCACUCAAGUUUUCUUUCUGGAGGGGCGACGACCGCUGCAGGAAGAUUGGUCGCCCAUGAUGGGAUUCUUGAGGCAAUAUGGCCAUACAGUGGUCACUACCUCCCAUCUGAAGAGAACUUCAAGGAAUUCAUCACUUUCCUUGAAGAACACAAUGUGGACUUAACCAAUGUCAAGAAAUGUGCGGUAGACGACGACACCCCUUCAUUUAAAGUCACCAGCGACGAGUCCAACGCGGAAACCAUGGAGACUGAGUCAUCAUUUGUUGCAAGUGCUGCUGAUGCGGAGGAGCCCAUCAAGGACUCAACUGCUGAUCAAGAAGAUGACACCAAGGCAGCAGCAGCCACUGCAGAAGCACCGGUCUUUGAUUUGGCUAAGCGAUUAUCCUGCAAGUGGACGAGUGGGGUUGGACCCAGAAUUGGAUGUGUUAGGGACUACCCAGCAGACCUCCAAUCUCAAGCUCUUGAGAAGGUUAACCUGUCUCCUACAACUACACCCAGCCACUCCAGGAACCGGUUGCCCAUCCCUUCACCAAGGCCGAGCCCCAAGGUCAGGAUCUCACCAAGGCUUGCAUACAUGGGGAUCCCUAGCCCAAGGGUGUCAGUUGUUGCCAAUUAGGGGUUGCAUGACCUUAGCAAGGGCACAGCUUGUGCCCUUAAUGAGAAGGGAAGGGGCUUUUACCCUAUAUGAUCAAGUGGUUCUUUGAUUAGUUUAUUGACAAACCAUUGUAUAUACAAGUAGCUGAAUCUGAUUUUGUAGCCUCCAGUGGUAUUAAAUAAUUUUGUACUCAGGAUAAUGAGUUCAUUUUUUUUUUUUUUUGCUUUGUAAGUUGUGAAUAUGAUGUUGCAGUGCAUUAUUGAGCAACUUUUAUUGAAUGAUUGAAGCACUGCUUUCACUUUCUCUUUGCCUUUGCCUUUGCCUUUUUCCUUGAUGCCAAA